CAACACCAGCGUCAGGAGUCCACUUAAAAGCGCCGUUGGCCUCCUCAGACUAGCAGACGUCCGAAUACUCCGUACGAAAUGAUUUCGUUUAAGACAAUAGCCUUUUCAGCUGCUCUGAUAAUUUCAGCAAUUGCUGUGCCCUCGGCGGCUGACCAGUCAUGUACACAAGUCACCUUACCGAAUAUCUUCAACUUUGGCGAAUGCUUGGGCCACCCUCAGGACGUCUGCCAUGACCCGGCAAAUGUGGUGACAGUCGUCGAGAACGUUUUUAUCUGCGCCGUCAUGGGGAUCUCACACUUGGAUAUCGGAUCCCAGCUUUUCCUGCUCGAGGGCAUCAUUACUGAAGUACUACAGCGGUUCGGCUUGGGUUCUCUGGUCAACACCAUCUACUCGCUCUGCAAGAGCGUUGGCGGCAUGGUGGGCACAGUGUCCAAGGUCGGCAAGAGCCUUUUCGGCGGCAUGCUUGGAUCCCUCGUUGACACCGCCACCUCCGUCCUGCCUCUGGGUGACUGCACAGGCUUGAACGUUGCAGGCAGUAUCAUGUGCGGCCGGCCAGUCGUCUUCCAAUUACCCAGCGCGCUCAACGUCGGAAAGUGCCUGAACACUACGUUGUCGACGUGCGUGGGAACUCACCCGAAUCAGGCCCUGGUCAUACAGCAGUUUUUCCAGGCCGUCACUUGCGUCAUCAUGAGCGUCCUCGCUGCCCCAGGUCUUUCUGUGACAAGUCUUUUGUGCACCGUGGUCAAAGUCGUGAUCCAGAUUCUUAGCACCGGACCUCUAAACAUCGUUGGCUCCGUGCUGCAGCAGCUGGAGAGCGCCAUCGGAAUGCAGUGUUGACGUGCUCCUGUACACCCGGAUGCCUCAACAAACGCAAGGCUCUUUGUUAAUCAAGAUCCAGCUCUGUACCUAUGUCUGCGUUUCUAACAGCUGGAAAAUAAAUAAAUAAAAAGAACCUUCAGUAA